CGUCAUGAUUAACCAUCACGGCGCGCGUGCUGCUCAUGUCCCACUUACGACGACGUCGUUUUGAAACUCUCUCUGUGUGCUCUUUACUGUCUUACCUUUUUUUUUUUAUCUCAGCUUCCUCUAUCGAUCGCCUUGUGAAUUUUCCGGCGGAAAAGCAAAUGUCUGUUAAUGACAGUAUCGAUCCUCGGUUCCUAUUCCACGUAGAAGAUGAAUCUCUGCGUUUCCGUGUUGGAGAUUCCGGUAGUAAGAUCCGGGAGCUCGAAACCGUCGGCGAUCGCCGUUUUAGAAUUUCUGGAAUCCAGCAAGGUUUCUGCGGAAAUAGACUUGAGAAAGAUGAAACCAUGUAUUCCGAUGGAGAUGAUGACGAGGACGACGUUUCUAUCCGAAGACGAACUGCUCUGAUUCAGCCUGGUAUUGAUUCCGGUAACAACUAUGAUUCUGCAGCUGCAGCUGAAGAAACCAACAGAGAAAGUAAAAAUCCAGGUUCCGUUGGUUGGGAAAUGGUUGUGAGAGAAGAUGAUGAGGAAGGGAAAUCAUCGAUUGAUCGCCAUGAAAUGGAGUUUAAGGUGAUGAUCACUAACCCAGAUGGUAACGUAUCUAAUUCCCGCCAUAACAUUCAGCCAAAGCGAGAUUUUGCUUCUGUGGAGAAAGAGAGAGUCACUACUUCUAGUGUCAGCUCUUGGGAGUCUCUCAAGGCCAUCCUCUCUGAUCCUGUCACCGGAGCCUUGAUGAAUGAUGCUACGAUACUGCCUUGUGGACAUUCUUUUGGUGCCGGGGGAUUAAUACAAGUUCAAAAAAUGAAAGCAUGUUUCACAUGUUCCCAACCUACUUUAGAAGGAUCAGAAAAACCAAAUCUCUCUCUCAGAAUUGUAGUUCAUGCUUUCCGCCAAGAAGAAGAAUCAGAUCAUAUUCACACUCUGAAGCGAAAGAAAGAAAGGUCGGAUCAGCAUAAGAGAAGUUUCUGUAUCCCAAACAUAACUGAAACUCCUAAGAGUAGCCGAGGCAUACAGUUUCCUUUCUCCAUUGGAGAUCAUAUUAUCAUAGAGGGAAACAAAAGGACGCCUCCACGGUUUGUUGGGCGCAAGGCUGUUAUAAUGACACAGUGCUUAAAUGGAUGGUACGUUGUGAAGACAGUGGACAAUGCAGAGUCUAUUAAGUUACAACAUUGCUCACUUGCCAAGAUUUCAGACAAUUCAUCUGCUAAGGUAACAGUAGCUGAAAUGGCACCGUCUUGGCUCUAACUCGUAGAAAGCAAAUACCUGUGGCUGCAGAAAUCAGAAGCAUCUGUAAUUUUUUGGUUCAGGAGAAAUUAGAUACUACGUUUGAUUAUGUAGUAUAGGAACGAGACAAGAAUUCUCUGUAUUAAAUCCAGUGUUUUUUAUUCAUACAAGGAAACUUUGCUCAUCUUGAAGAGACGUUUGUAUUGAAGCAAAUGCCAACUUUGUAGCAUUGAUAUAUAUAAAAAAAAGGUCGCUUCUAAUGUUA